AUGUCCUGGACCUUCCUCGGCCUGCGUCCCCGCCACCCCAAAGCGUCUCUAUCACAAUUGGAAGAGUCGGAACCGGACGGGUAUCAUACAAUGUUUAACAACAAUGCAAGGCUCGUCGGUAAUGAGGGCAUAGGUAUCCUAAAGUAUCUUACGAAUAGGAGGGAAGGGACCUGGACGGACGUGAGCGUCACUGACUUGGAGGUUCGCGACCUGGUGGUGCAUCGGGUUCAGCAUGUGGGAUCCACCCGGCACAUCACUGAGGCGAGACCGAUAACCAGCCGCUUCCAUCCCCGCUAUUGCCAUCGCCACCCUUCAUGUGAGGUGAGCAUCCCGUCGGAUCUCCUCACGGGUUCCCCAACCCCCGACCCGAGCAACAAAGCCACCAACAGAAAAUUCCCGUUGUGUUGUCCAACAGGCUGUCUUAAGCCCGCUUGGUCGCCGAAGGCCUCUCAGCCUCUCACAGUUUCGGACCUUAACAUGUUGUGCUUCGUAGCGACUACGUCUGCGGAGUACGGAGGCAGGAGGACUAGGAAUGAGGUAGUCAGCAUUCGCAUCAGUGAUGUAGAGUCGCAGGGUCUUGGCCCGCUGUGCAUCAAUUCUGAGCAGGUUUUUGCGUGCACAUCAUGCCUACACAGAGCCAAUUUGCCGUGCCAAUCUUUCGUACUUGCUGCACCGUUUUCCUGCAUGCGACCGAGCGAAACUGCAAGGUGCGACAAUCAACCGGGAGUUCCCAGCUUCGUGCGGCGAACGGUUCCGUCGUUGAAGCCGUCUCUUUUUUUGCGGAACCUCACCAGGCAAAUUGACUGCACCAGUGAUUCAUUCAAUCGCUCCAAUGUAUCAAGCAAAGCACAAUUGCCUUUGGUGCAUACUAGGGCUGCUUGGACUGCAUCAAUUAAACCAAGCAUCCCUCCGCAUAACGAGGCAUUACCACUGCUAUCCAGUCCUCUUCCAAUUCGAAUAUCCAUUCCAGUCAACAUCGCCGUCACGAAAGCAAUCCUCUAUUGCUUGACUUGCCCUCGAUGCAUAUUCGUGCAGUCUUUAGCACAGGAAAUGGUGUUGAAGAAGUCGAUAUCUUAUCCGGGUGUCAUGGUUAUGCGUCUGUAUAGCUUCAGGAUUAUUCUAGUUGAGUACGUGAUAGUUAACCUCGAAAAGCAGAGUAUCCCUACAGUGACUUUCGCGCCCAAUCCAAGGGGCCCCUACGCUGUGGCGUGUUCAGUCAAGGUGCUUCCGUUCUCGACAUUGAGUUUGAGGACCACGGGCAGUCCUUCUCCCAUCCCCAGAAACUGGCUGGACCUGAGGUGGCCUGGAAAGGAUGCAGGAUGGCUCUCCAAGUCACCCAACGGGGGAUGGAAGGCAUUCCAAGUAGAUACCUUUGUACCGCUCUCUGGCUGCCUGCCUCACCUAAUACAAAGGCCAUGGCAUCUACAAACGAUCUCACGAUCUCGAUCGACCGGAAUUAUCUGGACACCCUCAUCAGAAGGGCUCAAUUGGUACGGCUUACACGAUUGCCCAUCCUUCAUCUGUUCCUUCGUCUUCGUGAGGAUUGCUGACGAAGCCUGCUUGAAGAACACCGACAAUGAUCCUAACUCAAGUUGUCUCACCGUCACCAUUACCCGCGCCGAGCAUGACAUCCUUGUCAAAAAGGCCCAAGAGUUCGCGAACUUGCGUCGUAACCUCAUGCGAGGAGGUGUAACUGAAGCUACCCUGGCUGUAUUGACCUGUGACGAGUCCAACUAUCAAGAGGAUAAUGUUGAAGGGCACGUCACUUCAUCUUCCGAGGCUCCUCAGAAUGGGAUUCAACGCCCAGUCGGCCAGUCACGCGUGACGACUGCCACGGCUACACGAGGAAACCAAAACUUAAGCCGACUUCCUAUUCAGCAACCUGUCAAGCGUGAGUGGGCCGAGGAGCAACCUGUCAGCCUCGAUGAAUCUGAGGCGACGAUCUCUCCCGUUGAGCCUGAGCUCAAGCCUGAACAUGCUUUCGGGGGUCAGAAUGAUUCCCAGUUGCCCGUACAGCCUCGGUUCGAGCGUUUGGCCACCAGGACUAUCUUGAUCUCAAACCUCGCCGAAGGCACAACUCACGCUGAUAUCAUUGGCGUUGUGCGUGGUGGUCAGCUGCUAGACAUAUUCAUGAGACCGUACGACCGGACUGCCCAUGUGUCUUUCUUGCAUGGUACCGACGCAGCGGCCUUCCUUGAGCAUACCCGGCGCCAUGAUCUAUACAUCAGACAGAAAAGAGUUGAUGUUCGAUGGAGUGAUCGGCACUUCACAUUGCCUGGCCAUGUUGCGAGUAAGCUCGGCAUUGGUGCCAGUCGCAAUCUCAUCCUUCGACGAUGCGACCCGAAGCUCACCGAAGAGGAGAUUCGGGAUGAUAUGGAGCACAUCCACAACUUGGUUGUCAUUGCUGUCAGUUUCCGAGGCGGAAGCUGUUACAUCAACACGAACUCUGUGCACAAUGCCAUGUUUGCGCGGACCUGCAUGAUGAGUCGAUUCAAAUACAAGGGAUCUAAAAUCGAGUGGGACGUCGAUGAAUGUGCGCAGCCCUUGCCUGCCGAACCUCAGCGAGCCCAGACUCAAGUGCCCCCGAUCAGACUCCCAAUGAAUCCCAUGACCAACCGUUUCGAGCUUUUGAAAUUGGACAAGACUGAGGAGGACGAGGAAAAUACUCGGCCAGAGCUUCACACAAGCUCCCAGCUAAAGAUUGUGGUUUGA